UUCCUAAGUUUUUAUUAAUAUCAGUCAUUGAUUAUAGUAUUAGUAUAUAAUUUUACUUGAUGAAAGUCAUUGUCUUAAAAAUGUAUCAUUUUGUCAAAUUAGUUGUGAUUUUUUUGUGCAUAAGUCGAGCUUCUACAUACUUCCUAUCACCACGUUUCAAUAUUGCACCAGAUAGAAGUCAAAGUUGGAAUGGUGCACACGUAUGGGGGACUUUUGGCACUUCAAAACGAAUAACCGCAAAUUCGAGUGAACCUUUAACUACAAGACAAUCAUCAAUGUCUUUUUGGACCCCAACUACCAGUCGGACUUGGGCUAGUACAGAAUCAUCGACUAAUAAUCGGAUAACAUUUGAAAGCUCACGUAAACCUCCAACCACCAGUCGACCUUGGACUACUACAGAUUCAUCAACUCCUAAUUGGAUAACAACUAGAAGCUCAACGAAACUUUCAACUACCAGACGAUCAUCAACUUCUUUUUGGACCCCAACUACCAGUCGACCUUGGACUAGUACAGAUUCUUCAACUCCUAAUUGGAUAACAACUAGAAGCUCAAUGAAACCUUCAACUACCAGACGAUCAUCAACUUUUUUUUGGACCCCAACUAACAGUCAACCUUGGACUAGUACAGAAGCAACAACUCAUAAUUGGAUAACAACUAGAAGUUCAAGGAAACCUUCAACUACCCGAAAAUCAUCAACUUACUUUUGGACCCCAACUUCAGAUCGACCUUCGUCUAGUACAGAUUCACCAACUCAUAAUUGGAUAACAAGCGCAAGCCCUAGUAAACCUACUACCAGACGAUCAUCAACUUUUUUUUGGACCCCAACUACCAGUCAACCUUGGACUAGUACAGAAGCAACAACUCAUAAUUGGAUAACAACUAGAAGCUCAAGGAAACCUUCAACUAUCCGAAAAUCAUCAACUUACUUUUUGACCCCAACUUCAGAUCGAUCUUCGUCUAGUACAGAUUCACCAACUCAUAAUUGGAUAACAAGCGCAAGCUCGAGGAAACCUUCGACUACCAGACGAUCAUCAACUUUUUUUUGGACCCCAACUACCAGUCGACCUUGGACUAGUACAGAUUCAUUAACUCCCAAUUGGAUAACAACUACAAGCUCAAGGAAACCUUCAACUACCAGACGAUCUUCAACUUCUUUUUGGACCCCAACUACCAGUCUACCUUGGAAUAGUACAGAAUCAUCAACACAUGAUUGGAUAACAACUAGAAGCUCAACGAAACCUUCAACUACCAGGGGAUCAUCAUCUUCGCUUUGGACGUCAACUACCAGUUCGCCCUUAACAAUUGAAACAGCUUCACCGCAACCUCCGCAACCACCGUCUCCACUUCCUCCGCCACCGUUUGGACAAAUACAAAUGGAAAAUUGUAUCAAAUGCAUACUUCUCAAUAAUAUAUGGAUAGAAAAUGACAGAGUGUGAGCCUAAUAAAAUUUUAUAAGUUAUUAUGAGAUAUCCUUCUUUAAAUAUGCUUUAAAUAAACAAAUGACAGUACCAAA